UUUUCUUCUAGAGACCCUAAUCACGUCUAUUACUAUUUCGUUAUUUUGUGCGGGUGAUUUUACGGAUUCUACCGAUUCUGCUGAUUUUCAGGCAUCCGAGAUUGAAUAAAAUAGAUAAAUAUACAGGAAUCAGAGAUUCUCUCCAACUUUUCAUUCAGUACCUAAGUGUGUUGACUGUCGUUUGCGGGAUGGACAGUCAGGUGUGCGGAGACGGCAGGCUGAUAGACGUGAUCGACGAGGGCUGGCGCAAGGAACGUCUGCCCAUCGACGACAUCUCGACGCCAGUGGCCGAGCUGCCGGACCCUGAGAGCGACAACGGCGACUCCCACAUGACGUUGAAGGAGCUGGAGCAGAAGUGGAACAAUCUGGCCUUGAGUUCUCUCAGCGACAAUCAUCUGCACUCUCCGACGCCGUUGCACAACUAAGUAUCACGCUUCCAGUGCCCCCGAAUGCUGGGAAGCUCGUCAAGUUCAAUUGUGAUCCUUGAUACCCUGUCGCUGCGCCACAAUGG